CUUGUACUUCAUUUAUUUCAUGAAAAAAAAAUUCUGAACAACGUAUCUUUGCCUGAGAUUUGAAUCUUGAGGUGUAAGCGGCAACCGACAAAAGUCAAUUACUUACAAAAUUUUUGCUAUAAAUAUGGUUCAAUGAAUUGUAAUUGACAUCAGUUAACUCGCAGCAGUCGACAAUUACCAAACAAACUAUUCCAAAAUGAAAUUCCUCAUCUGCUUGGCUCUCCUCUUCACCGUCGCUCAGGCUAAUCCUGGUAUUGUGGCUCCUUUGACUUACUCCGCCGCUGCUCUGCCUUCCGUCGCCACCUACGCUGCCGCGCCUUAUGCUGCCGCUCCUUAUGCCGCUUACUCCGCUUAUGCUGCACCCGCUGUGGCCACCUACUCUCACGCUGCUUACUCUGCUCCAGUUGUCUCGACUUACUCUCAUCUUGCCGCUCCAGCUGUCUACAGUGCACCAGUUGCCCGCUACGCUGCUGUAGCUCCAGUUGCAUCCGUUGCUCCAGUCACCUACACCGCACCAGUUGUAUCCACUUUGUUGAAGAAGAAGUAGAAUGGUGUGAUCUUUUACUAUAAUUAAAAUAAUGUAAAGGAAAUUGCUUGGA